AUGUCUCGAUCUGCUGCAAAGGAGAACGAGAAUAUUCGCAUCAACUGCGUGGCACCAUGCAGUGUCCGAACUCCCAUGAUGGAAGGCGAGGUAAUGGCCGAAGCAAAAGAAGCAGAAGUUGCGCAGCAGGUUCAAAAGCGUCCUACGAAACCACAUAAAAUUGCAAAUAUUAUUGCUUUUCUCCUCAGUGAUAAAGCCAGUUUCGUCACUGGAGCUGUUUACAACGUCGAUGGAGGUUGGAUUUGUUAG